GGGAAAUUCAGAGCACUGUUUAUAAUGGUCAAGAGUUCACAAUCAAGGCUUUAUAACUUGUUUACAUGUUCGAAAUAAAUCAGUGCACGGGCUUUGUAAUUACAAGGUCGACGUCACCUUGAUCAGACCCAAUCAGCGUUCAGCAUCGUUCACCUGUACGCGUAAACAGGUAACAACCUCGAGACGGCAUUCCUGCGUGCUCGAGCCUUUUCAUAUUUACAAACCUUUUAACCUCGUCUGUAUUCUGGCCGCUUUUCUUCUCAAACUAUUGAUUGUAUUACAAUUUUUAAAGUGUUUGCGUUAAACUGACGUUUACUGAAGGAUUUUAUAGUCUAUAAACUUUUCCCGCAACAGACGGAAAUGGAUUACUUUAUAUUUUUUUCGUUUGUUCUACACUGAAUGCAAUAUUGGUAACAUUUUGGAUUAAAAAGAGAAGAAGGGAGAGAGAGAAAGAAAAAGAAAAACCUAAGAAUUUCUGUCAAACGUGGACAAGCCGAAGUGAAGGGAGCAUCAUCUCUUCCGCGCUUCUUUGGCCAUGAAUAUUUAACUGUCUGCUCAGACUGACGGACUGACUUCACACUGGGAAUAUUCUGAGGAUGAGGAUGAUGAAGAUGAAAGCUGCUCUUCUGCAGACGCUCGCGCUGUGUCUCGCGCUCCGUUCACCUGCGCGCGCUCAGACGGAGGAAGGUAAACAUGAAGUGUGUACAGGCACGCAGAACUCGCUGAGUGUGACAGGAAGCUCUGAGGUCCAGUACAAGCUUAUGAAGGAGAUGUACACGGGCUGUAAGAUUGUCAUAGGAAACCUGGAGAUCACACAGAUGGAGCACAACCGCGAUUUCUCAUUCUUACAGUCUAUCCGUGAGGUAACGGGCUACAUCCUCAUCGCCAUAAACCAGUUCAGACGUUUACCGCUGGAACAGCUGCGAGUCAUCCGAGGGACGUCUCUGUACGAAGAUCGCUUCGCUCUCGCCAUCCUCGUGAACUAUCAGAAAGACGGAGUGUACGGACUAAAGGAGCUGGGCCUCACACACUUGACAGAGAUCCUGGAGGGUGGAGUGCAGAUCAUCCAGAAUAAAUUCUUGAGCUAUGCGCCGCAGAUCAACUGGCUAGACAUUGUGAAAGACAGUGGGGCAGAAAUCAUCAUCGAAGACAAUGGACCAGAAUUUCCCUGUCAUGAGUCUUGUGGGGGUCGGUGUUGGGGUCCAGGAAAUGACUCUUGUCAAACCUUGACUAAGACAGUGUGCGCACCGCAGUGCAACGGCCGCUGUUUCGGCCGCAGCCCGAGCGAGUGUUGUCACAUAGAGUGUGCCGGGGGCUGCACCGGGCCGCUCGACACCAACUGCUUUGCCUGCAGGAAUUUUAACAACUCGGGGGCAUGUGUGCCGCAGUGUCCACAGGCUCUCAUCUAUAAUAAAGUGACGUUCAAAUUGGAACCAAAUCCAAAUGCAAAAUACCAGUAUGGCACGAUAUGUGUAUCACAUUGUCCUACUAACUUUGUUGUAGACGGCAGUUCGUGUGUAAGCAGCUGUCCAGCAGACAAGAUGGAGGUGGAUAAAAAAGGGGUGAAAAGAUGUGAGCCAUGUGGGGGUCUCUGUCCGAAAGCAUGUGUUGGCACUGGUACAACUUCCAGACAGACCGUAGACUCGCAGAACAUCGACAGCUUCAUAAACUGCACUAAGAUUCAGGGCAGCCUGCAUUUCCUUAUAACAGGAAUUAGAGGAGACAGUUACAAUAAUAUUAGUGCUCUCGAUCCAAAGAAACUGAAGAUCUUCAACACUGUCAGAGAAAUCACAGACAUUCUGAGUAUUCAGUCUUGGCCUGAAGAGCUGGAAGAUCUUUCUGUCUUCUCAAAUCUAGCAACAAUACAGGGAAGAACUCUGUACAGAGGAAUAAGCAGUAAGAGGGGUUACUCGCUUUUGGUGAUGAAGAUUCCAGCGUUGAAGUCCCUGGGUCUUCGCUCACUGAAACGGAUCGGUGACGGAGGCAUCUACAUCACUGGAAACAAGCAGCUCUGUUAUCACCACACUGUGAACUGGACACGUCUGUUAGGGAGCAGCCCUCGGCGUCGCCAGAAACCCCUCGACAUCAAAGACAACCACCCACAAGAGCUGUGCAUUGAAGAAGGGCAUGUGUGUGAUCCCCUGUGUUCAUCUGAGGGCUGCUGGGGUCCGGGACCCAAUCAGUGUGUGUCUUGCAAGAACUACAGCAGAGGAGGGACAUGUGUACCACAAUGCAACUUCCUGUCAGGUGAAAAACGCGAGUUUGCUGGACCUAAACGAGAGUGUAUGCCGUGCCACCAGGAGUGUGCGGUGCAGGACGGCAAACACACCUGCACAGGACCGGGUGCUGAUGAAUGUGCAGCCUGUGCGCAUUUGCAGGAUGGGCCGUACUGUGUGCCCUCAUGUCCAGAGGGGGUUCAGGGGGAGAAUGGGCUCAUCAUUUAUAAGUUCUCCAACAGCCAGCACAAAUGCCAACCAUGCCAUGCCAACUGCACCCUGGGAUGUUUGGGUCCAGGUCAGAAUGACUGUGUGGAUUCGUCCAGGUCAGAUGCUGGAUUGCCUGUGACAGCAAUAGUGCUGAGUGUUAUAUUCGGGGUGCUGCUCGCAUUCUCAGUGUUUGUGCUGAGCGUUCUCUAUCGCAGAAGUGUGGCUAUCCGCAGAAAACGUGCCAUGAGGAGAUAUCUGCAGAGUGGGGAGAGUUUUGAACCACUGGAUCCUGGAGAAAAAGGCAUGAAAGUUCAUGCACGGAUUCUGAGGGGGUCUGAGCUACGGAAGAUCAAACCUCUCGGCUCUGGAGUGUUCGGCACUGUGCACAAGGGGGUUUGGAUACCAGAGGGAGACACUGUCAAGAUUCCAGUGGCUAUCAAGACUAUUCAAGACCGUACAGGACGACAGACCUUUCAGGAAAUUACAGAUCAUAUGUUGGCUAUGGGGAGUCUGGACCACCCGUAUAUAGUCCGGCUCUUGGGCAUCUGUCCCGGGCCCAGUCUGCAGCUGGUCACUCAGCUCAGCCCACAGGGCUCUUUGCUGGAGCACAUCCGGCAGCGCAGAGACAGCCUCAACCCGCAGAGACUGCUCAACUGGUGUGUGCAGAUUGCCAAGGGUAUGUACUAUCUAGAGGAGCAGCGAAUGGUCCACAGGAACCUGGCUGCCCGCAACAUCCUGCUCAAGAGCGACUUUAUGGUUCAAAUAGCUGAUUAUGGCAUCGCUGACCUCCUCUACCCUGAUGACAAGAAAUACUUCUUCAAUGAAAUUAAGACGCCAAUUAAGUGGAUGGCCCUGGAAAGCAUUUUGUUCCGCAGAUACACACACCAGAGUGAUGUAUGGAGCUAUGGUGUGACAGUCUGGGAAAUGAUGUCAUAUGGGGCGGAGCCUUACUCUGCUAUGCGACCACAAGAAGUACCUGAUCUGUUAGAGAAAGGGGAACGCCUCUCUCAACCUCAGAUCUGCACCAUCGAUGUCUACAUGGUCAUGGUCAAAUGUUGGAUGAUUGAUGAAAAUGUUCGGCCAACUUUCAAGGAGCUAGCCAAUGAGUUCACCCGAAUGGCCAGAGACCCCUCCCGAUAUCUCGUCAUCAAAGAGGAGUACAGAGCUCCUGAACCGGCCUCAGAAGAGUCUCAUCAGAGAGGAACUGAGAUGGACAUUCUAGGGGUGGUGCUGCAGGACCAGGAAGAUGAAGUCUUAGAAGACACCACAGACAUGCCACGCUACAUAACGCCAUCGAGGAGUUUCUCUAGAUUGCGUAUAGAUUCUCAUCGGUCAAGUCUGACUCCAUCCAAUGUUGCUGGAUAUCUACCAAUGACGUCUGGUCUGGAGAGCUCAGCACAGACGGGAUGGGCAUCUCGGUCCCGUCUCGACUCUGGAUGCACUGUUUCUGAGAGCUCGGAGGGACGGGGAACUGCGGUGGAGCUGGAAAUGAGCGAGGACUUCUCGAUGGUUGGCAACAUGAGGAGGGUCACACAUCGUGAGGACAGCGCUUACAUGUCACAGCGGGACAGCCUAUUAGGACCUCCGGAAACAGCCUCCACAGGGACUCAAGGAGAAGAAGACCAAAAUGGAUACGUGCUGCCUGGAUUUGGUGAAAGUCCAGAGAAAGAAACUCUUCUAUUUGCAUCGUCACGUGCAAAACGUUCUCAAAGGAAACUCUCAAGAGGUCAUUCGGGAGACUUUUUGGAGGCCCACAGUGUUGCAGGUGAUGAAUAUGAGUAUAUGAACAACCAGACCCUGUCUCUCGGGCAUAUACCAGGGCAGCUUAAAGAUUACAAUCAGCGACCGCCACGCAACCGCAGCGCCUCCUUCAACCCUGCUGGCUUGUACAGCAAUCACAAAUCUCUAGUGUCCAGCAGACCCAGCAAAAGAUCGUCGAUCGAGGGCUCAGAAAGUAGUGGCGGCCUCUCCCAGUCCUCGACUGACCAAAGGACUCACAGCGAUGGCGAUUUCCUGUCCAGUGAAGCGGAGUACACAGACUGCGAUCUGGAUCUCCACGAGCUUCAGUAUGAGUACAUGGACAUCCGUGGUGGUGCAGGACCACCAACCAACAUGGUACUCAAACUUCACCUCCCAAGGCCGGUUUCCCAUCCUCCUCGCAGAUCGCCACAAGACGAUGAAGACGAAUAUGUGGAGGAAGACUAUCAGUACACUAACUGCCAGCCUCGGCUGAGGAAUUCGCUCAGGGUUCAGGGGUUAAUGGAAGGGGAAGGAGAAGUGUAUGAAUAUGAGGAUAUGGACUCAUUGGCUGCAGGUGGAGCAUCUGCAGCCGAAUACCAGAACCUGGAGGGAGAAGAUGAGGAGAGUGUUGGGCUGACGGAUGAACCCCGGAGCCCAAGGCCGGAAGAGUAUUUAAAAGUCCCUGCAGGGAUGGAACAUAAAGCUUUCGAUAACCCUGAUUAUUGGCACAGCAGGUCGUUUCAGAAAGCCAAUGCUGUCCGCACAUAGUCAUGGAGAACGGUGUGAAGGAACUUGAUGCAAAUGAACAAAUGCAAGUUGAACUGUCUUCAGUGACCAAUGUUCAGCAUAUUAUUCAAUAAUGCACUUCUUUACUGGUUAAAAUCCAGAGAAAAACUGAUGCAAUAUUGACAAAAUAAAUGUAUUUUGAUGUAAAAUGUAUUUUAAUGUAAAAAAAUGUGGCAUUAUGGUUUAAAUACAUUUAAACAAGAGCAGCUUUGUUCUUUUUUGAUAUGGUGGAGGUGCCAGAAUGACCAGAUUCAUGAGCUACACAUUGAAUGCACUGAUAUUUACAUCUGGAUAUGUAUGUAAGUGUGUGGUUACUUAAUGUUUGUUGUACUCAUCAAGUGAAGCCAUAAGUUUGCUGUUUGUGCAUUUGAGAGUUAGUGUUCAUCUUAAAUAUCUGUUAUUUAGUGUGUUCAUGAAGUGCCCAAUUCAGUCAGCAGCUGCCAAACCACUGUGCAUCUGUUCAGAUUGCUCUCGAAUUAUUUCACAAUUUAAAUGUCAUUUUCAAAAUACAUCUAAAUCUGAGGUAUUUACAUUCAGGAAUAAUGUAUAAAAUUAUGAUGUCAGUUGAAUAGCAUAUUGAUUGAAUUUGGGUAAAGUUGUUUUUCUGUGAGGUGUUUGUUGUGUGUGCCUUCUGAACAAAUCAUAAUGAAGUACUUGUGUUAUGUUUCAAAUGAAAUGGCCAGUAAACAAGCUUUUAUAACAAAACUAUUGUUUUGUACACACAUAUCAAACUAAAGUAUUUUCUCUACUUUGUAACUUUGAUUUUUUCUACUUUGUAACUUUGAAAAUGUUUCUAUAUAAACCUGAACAUUUGAAGCUUUUA